CACGCAGACGCAGAGGUAUGUGUCAUGACAACGCAGCUGGACACUCUUGGAACUUACCGGGAUGUUACAAGACGCGCAAUGGCCGGGUCCAGAGCAUCAGGUCAGAACCCGUGAGCCGAAACAGGGAAGCCCUAGCGUGUCGCGUGUGCGCGGAAUAUCUGUCGAUGGCAGCGAAGGAGGGUGUGAAGCUGAAGUGAAUGAACGUGAAGGCCCGGAAUGAGCCCAGCAAAGUGACGUUAUGGAGCCGAAGGGCGAAAACGCAGACAAGGAGCGAAAGCCGAAUUCUCGAUGCCGGGAAAAGGAACGUGAUGAGCAAGGCGAGGGCGAACUCGCCCAGCAGCAGGUCCGCACUGAUGUCCAAUGUUCCCGUCCAGGGGUGGGCGGGGAAGAGAACCAGCUCUUGGUAUGAUAUAGACCAGAGGCUGAUAUGUCAGGGGGUGAGAAAGUUUGUUAAAGGAGCGACUAUGGGACAACCAGUGUGGACUGUGGUGGUCGGGACGAGGCAAAAGGAAGAAAAGAAGCCCGGAAGAUGCGGCAGGUGCAGGACCCUGGGGGUAUAAGACAGGAAACUACCGCUGACCGGGCAGUCAGGCUCGGAGACAUGGGGGUGGGGUCUACAUAGAGGAGGGCCCAGCGCGGUCGAGUCCGGGACGUCGGUAGGAGCUGGG